UGGUGGUGUACAUUGGAUUGGUUUGCCUUCCUUGAAAUUUGAAUAUAUUAAUAAUUAAAUGGGUAAAGACAAUAUCACACACUGACGCAGAUGAAGGAAAGAAAUAGAAGUGUACAGAUAUACACAGAAUUUUUAGUGACUUCAAAAAGAUCAUAAUUCUUAAUUCACAGGAUUGUUUCAAGAUGACUACCAGUGAGCCAAAUCAGGUUGAAGAUAAUGUAGACGAGACAAACUUGUUUGAGUGUAGGAUUUGCUUUAGAAGAAUUCGUAAGCCCAGAUCCUUCAGCUGCCUCUUAAUUUCCUGUUUGGCAUGUGUAAAGGACAGUGUUAAGAUGAAUAAAUUGACUUGCCCAAAUUGCUUAAAAUCAAAUCGCAUUUCUAAGGGUCAUCAUCACAAUCUUUCUAAAGGAUUAAUGAAAACCAUUAAAAUGAAAAAUGUUAGACUUAGGGAUGUGAUUAAGUGUGAAGACGAUUCCUUGCUGGUUUCAUGUUUGACAAACGAAAUACUGAACUACAAGCAAUCAGGAGAAUAUAUUGGUAAAGUUACACUACCACAAGGUGUGGAAGUUAACAGGAUGUACAAAAUGAAGAAUGGUGACAUAGCAUUCAGUGAUUGGGGUAAUAGCUGCAUUACAAUAUGUAAUAUGAAUGGUCAGGUGAUCAAAUCGAUAGGUGAGGAAGUAUUUGAGUUUCCAUAUGGUAUAUUUGGUAUUCAUGUGGAUGAGUCGUCAAAUGUUGUGUAUGUGCCUGCAAUUUGCGAUUAUGGUACAAACCAACAAAUGUUUAUUUUUUCUGGAAAUACAGUUUCAACAUGUGUGUACAAGUUUGACCUCAGCAGUGGGGAGAUGAUCACAAAGAUUCCUCCAAAAAUAUUAAAUGAAGACCCUUGUUGUAUCAACUAUAGGUUGACUGACAUUGCUCUUACAAAUCAAGGGCAUCUUCUGUUACUGGAUGAUUCCUUCAAAAGAAUACAACUAUUUGAUAAUGAGGGAAGGUACAUAAAAUCAAUCAUUAAUAUUAGAAACAGAAAUAGAAAAGUUAAGUUUACACGACCUUGCCGAAUAGUAGUUGAUGAUGAUGGCAACAUCAUUGUAGCAUGUAAUUACCAACUACUUUUAUUCAGUAGUGAUGGAACAUUCACUAAAAGAAUUGAUAAACAAAAAGAUGGAAUUAAGCAUGCAUGUGGGUUGUCCAUCAUUUCAAAUAAUCCACGAAGAGUUGCCGUAGCAACCUGUAAUAAUUUAUACCAACCAAACAAAAAACAAAAAAGUUCAAUAAAAAUAUUAAAUUAUUAAACUAUAUAAUAUUUUCAAUUUCUACAGCAGAUAUAUAAUGAAUCAUUGGUAAUAACAAAUGAAAUGAUACUAGGAUAUCCACAGGAAAGUUUUAUUAAAUUAGUCAUCUAUCCAAAGAAAGUGUCUAAUCCUGUUCGUUAAUUGGCUACAAUACCUUGGGUUAAAACAGUUGUUACUAUUUUAUGGUAAUAACUUCUUUUUAUUAUUUCUUUUUUAAAAUAAUUAUUAUAGACUUAUUUCUUAAAAGCACUACAACAGUUUUUAAGCUCAAUACAAAUUGUUAUUAAAAGUAAAUUAUUAUUAUUAUAUUAUAAUGUUCAAAUUUUUAAUUCUAAUUACUGUAUGAUAUACCAACUAAGUUUAAUUGUUUACAUACCAAAUUAAUAUACUGUAGGAAUAAAAUCUCUGAAGUUGUCAUGAUAUAUGUUGUUUUUAAGUGAUUGUUUAUGUAAAAUCUCUCUUUGAUUGGUGGAAAAAAUGAGAAGUGUGUGGACCUUUUUAAUUUCUGCAAUAAGUUUAUGGCACUAAUCAUCAAUGUAGUAGUACACCAUUUCGAUUAUAAUUGUAUGAGAAUGUACGGACUGGUUAUAAAAUAUUGGGAAGUUAUUAAUGAUGGCCAGCUGGAAAAAAUGUGUGACCACACAACCAACAAGACCCAGGGUGGCCAUGCGCAGUCUUCACUACUGCACUCCAAACAUAGUCUGUGAAAUUCUUAUCAGCAAAGUGAUACUCCUGAGACCCCUUUAAAGAGUGAAGGUUAAAGAGUAAAAUUUGGUGGUUUACUAUAUAUUGCUGUAAAUGAAAAUAAAUGUAUCUUCAUAUUCA